UGAUGAUGAUGACCCAACACCCAAGCCAGCCAGCCAUAUGGGGUGUGUUCAAAGCAAGGAAGGAUGAGUGAAGGUAACCAUUGUUUGAUAUUAUAUAUAUUGUAUACCGUGUGUGCCCGUGGGUGUCGUCAUCCACUUGUAAGUAGUAACCAGCAAUGAUAGCCAAUGGCAACAGCCCAUAGAUUCCUUGCUUUCGCCCUUUGACUCCAUCACAAGUGCAGCCAAGCCGCCACGCCAUUCUCACUAUAAAUAUGUGCAGUAUCCACUACUAGCAGCACUACUAUGUGCCUCACUCUCGGACUAUACAUGAUGGACGCCCGCCGUCGAUUACCGUCGUCGCUGAAUCCCAACCCCAACAGCAAGGCCUCCUCCUCCGCCCCUUCUCUCCACCACCACCACGACCUAGCCGCCAGCGCCCUCUUCUUCUCCCUCUUCUUCUCCCUCCUCUACUUCCUCCUCCUCCGCUGGCGCGACAAGAUCCGCAACUUCACCCCUCUCCACCUCCUCUCCCUCUCCGAGAUCGCCGCCCUCCUCGCCUUCCUCUCCUCCUUCCUCUACCUUCUCCGUUUCUUCGGCAUCCCCCCCCUGUUAUUCCACUCCUCCCCCUUCACCACCUGCCGCUCUUCCGACGACGAUGACCUCGACCUCGACCUCCAUGACGACAUCACCCUCCUCAACCUCAAGGACCUCCACGCUCGCUCCCCCCUUCCCCCACUGCCAGUGCUCGCUUCUCCCAAGGCCAAGCCCCCCCUUAUAAUUCCUUCCAUGGACGACGAGGACGAGGUGAUCGUCGAUUCAGUGCUCGCAGGCACCACUUCCUCUCAUGCCCUCGAGUCCCAGCUCGGCGACUGCUACCGAGCCGCCGCCAUCCGACGGGAGGCGCUGCAGAGGACAACGGGCAAGUCCCUCGCCGGCCUGCCGUUGGAUGGCUUUGACUACGAGUCCAUUCUGGGCCAGUGCUGCGAGAUGCCGGUUGGCUAUGUUCAAAUCCCCGUGGGAAUUGCGGGUCCCCUGCUGGUGGACGGAAGGGAGUAUUGGGUUCCGAUGUCCACGACGGAGGGCUGUUUAGUGGCCAGUACCAACAGGGGAUGCAAGGCCAUUUACGCCUCCGGCGGCGCCACCAGCGUCUUGUUGAGAGACGGCAUGACCAGGGCUCCCAUUGUCAGGUUCCCCACAGCCCUGAGGGCCGCCCAAUUGAAGUUCUUCGUGGAGGACCCCCGCAAUUUCGAGGCUUUGGCCCUUGUUUUUAACAGGUCAAGCCGAUUCGCCAGACUCCAGAGCAUCAAAUGCGCCAUGGCUGGGAAGAAUCUGUAUAUGAGGUUCUCCUGCAGCACGGGUGAUGCCAUGGGAAUGAACAUGGUGUCCAAAGGGGUGCAGAACGUUUUGGAUUUCCUAGGGAAUGACUUCCCUGACAUGGACGUUGUGGGCAUCUCUGGAAACUUCUGCUCCGACAAGAAGGCUGCGGCUGUGAACUGGAUAGAAGGAAGGGGCAAAUCAGUUGUAUGCGAGGCCAUCAUCAAGGAAGAAGUGGUGAAAAAGGUGCUGAAGACGGAUGUCGCCUCCUUGGUGGAGCUGAACAUGCUCAAGAACCUCACUGGUUCUGCAAUGGCGGGAGCCCUGGGCGGGUUCAACGCCCACGCCAGUAAUAUAGUAUCGGCAAUCUACAUAGCUACUGGGCAAGAUCCGGCGCAAAAUGUGGAGAGCUCUCACUGCAUCACCAUGAUGGAAGCCGUCAAGGAUGGCAGGGACCUGCACGUCUCCGUGACGAUGCCCUCCAUUGAGGUGGGCACGGUGGGAGGAGGCACCCAGCUCGCAUCUCAGGCGGCGUGUUUGAACCUGCUUGGGGUGAAGGGUGCGAGCAGAGAAUCGCCGGGAUCGAACUCGAGGCUUUUGGCCACUAUUGUAGCUGCAUCUGUUCUUGCCGGGGAGCUGUCCCUAAUGUCGGCGCUUGCAGCUGGGCAGCUCGUCAAGAGUCACAUGAAGUACAACAGAUCAUCUAAGAGAGAAGAUGGUUGUAAUUUUUAGGCUUCAUCCUAUUCCUAGCUCAAGCUGAGCUGAGCUGAGCAGCAGCAUGUCAUGGUACAUGCUAGUUCUGUUUCUUCAUUGCAUUGGUUUUUAAUUUGGGUGGUCCAGAUCUACACACACACACACACAUAUAUAUUUAUCAUAAAAUGGUAAUUGUGGGGGGGGGGGGGGGGUUCACGAAGAAGCCUCUCGCUCAUUGUUUGAUUUGAGUAAAGAUGAUGAUGCUGUCUUCUUAACA